GUUAGAUUUCUGCUAAUGUUUUGGGAACCGUUAUUAAAACCGAAUCUGAGCUUGUCGGCUCUAGGAUGUUAGGCACGUGAUGGCAAUAUAGUGUCUAUUUGAAAUAUGGUAAGAAUGAAAAACCCUUUUUCAUGAAUAGUCAUAUUAGGCAGUCCUGCAGUCCUCAUGUAUUGGUGCUUUUUAACCGUUCUUCGUGGGUUGAGCCUUUUGUGAAGUGCAUGUUUCUCUGGUAUUUAUGAUUUCAUGCCUGAUAGGUGUGUAGCUUUUCGCUGAAAUAGAAAGCGCUUUUGAGGGUCCAUGAUCUAUCUGCCAUUCUCCUCUUUAAGCAUUUUUGAAUUUCGGGAUGGUGAAAUGUUUUCGUGGGAUGUUUAAAUUUCUGAUGUGAAGUAGAUUUCACAGGUGCAUAUAAUUUUAAGUACUGUCAUCAUUUCUGGACGGUUUGAAAGAGAAUUUUAAGUUUUUGCUUCUUUUUUCCAUGUUGUGGUGUCUGAAUAUCCCUGUAAAAAUUUUCCCGUGGAUGAAUCUGUUGGGUAGGACUUCUGGAUUAGGCAGAGAAGUAAAUGUAAUUCUCCAUACCCCCUUCCUUCUUUUCUCUCUGUUAGUUUUUUAUUUUCAUUUUUAGAGAAAGAUGGAAGAUGACCAGCGUGAAAACCAGGUUGAUCCAAACAACCAUCUAGUUCCAUGGCCUUAAAUGGAUGAGCGAAAGUUUGGUUUGGUUCUUGUUCACAAGUGUUUUAUUGCCGGCUUAAGCGGUGAUUAUUUGCUUUACUUCAGGCAGUUUCUUUGUUAAUUAGCCAAUUGUUUAUUAGUCGAUUAUCAGAACAUGCAUUUCUCGUUUUCCCAGUGACGGCCGAAAGCUUUAGUUGUCUGGCGCUGAAAUCCAUUUUUAUAAUUGUUCAGGAGCCUGAUACUGUUUGAAAGCUAUCGUCAUUGAUUUCUGUGGACCAUGCUUAUCCGACUGAUUUCUGUGGACCAUGCUUAUCCGACUUUGUAAGUCAGUGGAUGAAGCUUGAAGCAAAAUAAAAUGCUGACCUAUUUGUCACUUUCUGGUGGUUCAACAUAUAAAAUCUCGUGUUCUGCUCAAAGGCUGGUGUCCGAUUUCGUCUGGCAGAUAAAAUUGUGACUACGUGGCUCAUUUCUAUUUGGUAUCAUUCCAUCACUCCUCUCAUCCGGAUAAAACUCAAUUCAAUUGCCACAGCCACAGGCAUAGAGUGCUACGAAAUAAUAGUAAUAUACAGAGAAAACUACUUGAAUUGAAGGAGACGGUCGACGUUUGACAUUUUUUUUUUUUGUGAACAUAUCCAUGGCUCCAACUCUCUCCUCCAAUUCAUUUAUCUUGACCACCACGCCCCAGUCUAGGCUAACCCUCAAGAACCCAAGAUUCACAGUGUUUGCCGAAAGGUCGGGUCCCUUCUCUCCAUUUCAGCUAGGAAAAGCUAAAGACAAUCCUGAAGAUGGCCAAACUGAAGACUCGGGUAAUUAUAGUCCUUUCCGUUUCAACUUCGGUAAGGUACCUGAUGUGAAAACUUUGGUCCCAGUUGUGACUAAACCUUCUACUGGUUUAUCGUUCGGGAACCUAAGAAGAAAAGAUCCAAGCACUGUGUUUGUUGCGGGUGCAACCGGUCAGGCUGGCAUUCGCAUUGCACAGGCGCUAUUGCGGCAGGGUUUCACUGUUCGGGCUGGUGUGCCAGAGAUUGCUACUGCCCAGGAGCUGGCUCGUCUUGCCGCUAAAUACAAGAUCAUAUCCAAUGAAGAAUCGAAACGCCUCAAUGCAGUAGAAUCCACCUUCCAAGAUGCAGAAUCAAUAGCCAAAGCAAUUGGCAAUGCCAGCAAAGUUGUUGUCACAAUUGGCCCUGGUGAAAAUGGUCCCACUUCCGAGGUCUCCUCAUCAGACGCCUUACAAGUGAUCCAAGCUGCUAAACUAGCUGGUGUAGGCCAUGUGGCAAUAGUCUAUGAUGGUAACCCAGCGGGUGCUUCAACUUAUAAUGUGCUUGAUGGCAUCACAUCAUUCUUCAACAAUCUCUUCUCUCAAACUCAACCGUUGAGUCUGCCCGAGUUCUUGCAAAAAGUAAUUGAAACUGACGUUAGCUACACAUUCUUAAAGACAACCCUGACAGAAGAUUAUUUGGCAGAGAGCUCUUAUGCUGUUGUAGUGUCAGCUGAAGGAAGCAUUGGUGCAAACGACUACAAAGUUGCAAGAUCUCAGAUAGCAUCUCUAGUGGCAGAUGUUUUCUCCAACACGACCGUGGCCGAAAACAAGGUUGUGGAAGUUUUUACUAGCCCAUCAGCUCCAUUGAAGGGUGUAGAUGAGCUUUUCAGUGCUAUUCCCGAGGAUGGAAGAAGGAAGGCCUAUGCAGAAGCUCUUGCAAAGGCUAAAGCUGAAGAAAAGGCAAAAGUAGCCGCUGAGAAAGCUCGUGAAGCAGCUGAUGCAGCAAAGAAGCUGGAAGAGGAAGUGAAAAAGCUUUCAGAGCAAGAAGCCAGGGCUGCUAGUCUAGCUGAAGAAGCCCAAGAGAAAGCAGAGGCUGCAGGCGCAUCGGUGGAAGGCCUCUUAACUAAAGCAAAAGACUUAAGCGCAGGAUUUUCUUGGAAAAAAUUCAGUUCCCAGAUAGCAACUGCAGUUCAAAAGCCUUCUGACGAGGAGAAGCCUAAAGUGCAGAUUGCCACCGUCAGGGGACAAGCUAAGGCUAAAAUGCUACCGUCCAAGAAAGCUCUUGUUAAGCAAGAUCCAAAAUCACUUUUUCCAAAGCCAAAGGAGGCACCAAAGCCAAAGGUUCCAAAGCCAAAGGCAAAAGAGACAGAGAAGACAGAAGUGAGGAAGGUUUUUGGCGGCCUCUUUCAGCAAGAAACCAUAUACGUCGAUGAUGACUGAGACACAAUAAUUUGCAGCCAAUAUCUUCCCGUCUUUCAGAUGAUUUUUGUGCAAAUGUGGUUUAGUAUUUGUGUAAUUAUUGUUGGAGGUGUUAUGACUUAUGAGUCUAAGAAACGUCCAUUGCCUUAAGGCUAGGUUAUUUAUUAUGCCCAAAAAAAUUAAAAAAAAAUUUCAUAUUUUUGGUAAAGAAUAAAGUAAUAUCUAACCAAAUGACCAUUGCAUGAUUACUUAUCAUACUCGCCAACAAUAGGUUCGAAACUCAACCUUGUGAUUCAUAUAUUUAUAGUUCCAUCUACUGAAAGUAAGUUUUUAGUAAUUGCAUUAAUUGCCUUGUCUUUGUCAUUGUUUAAUAAAGGCCAACAAUUUUUCUUUGGCCAAAAUAGGUUGAUAUUUCACUAAUACAAUUAUUUUGAU